AUGCGGAGGAACAAGAAAGGUCGCCCAAUGAGCACACGUAUUAGAACGGAAAUGAACAGGAUUGAUAAGUUGGAGAGAAAAUAUGUAUUGUGUUGUCUUCCUGGUCACGAUCGAACUCAGUGUCACAAUGUUGGAACUAAGUUUUACUUUCCAAAACCCGGGAAUAAGGUAUUUACGGGAUUUAUUAAACACUUGGAUGAUUUGGAUUCACUUGAUACAUAUAAUUGGGGUCUUGCUAUUUAUAACUUUGUGGUUGCUAGUUUAUGCGAGUCUUCAAUUGUGUUGAUAGAAGGACAAAACAAGUCACAGAGUCAUUUAAAUGGUUGUGCUGCCAUUUGGGCAUCCAACCACUUAUCUUUGGGGAAAGCACCUGCUGUUUCUAGGUUCACUUUUCCAUGGAUAAUUGAAAGAGUGGUUGCAACUGAAGAAGAAAUGAAAUGUGACAUAGUCAACACUACCUUGUUUGAACAAGGACAAAAAGUUAUGGAUCCUCAUGAUUAUCAAAGAUUGGUGGCUGAGAAUAGAGAUUUCCAAGAAUGGAUAACAUUUCUUGAGGGUGAAGUGAGGAUGCUCAAAGAGGCAAAAGUUAACACUCUGUUUGAGAAUGAGGAUGUCCAAGAUGAUCGACAGAUUAUGAACUUUAUCACCAAAGAUGAAGUUGGAAAUUCUGUUGGAGAUGUUAUACAUAACACUCCAUCAAAUGAUGAUGCCAAUGUUGUGGAAAACCAACCAAAGUCUAAAUCCAACAUGGAUAGAAGAAUGAAGAAGAAACCAAGGGCGAAGCGUAGAAAAAAUAGUAGAAUGAAUUUGUAA